CUUACUCAUGAAGUGUCUCCAGAUUGCCAAAUGGCUACCUCCCCUUCUGUCUUAGAAGUUUAUGGAGAACUACCUCAUAUACCUGAUAAUUUACUGAAUACUUCAGCAACUCCACCUGUAUCCAUGUUAAUGUCCGAUGCUCCUUCGUUUAACUUUCCUAGUGAAGAUUUGCCACAAGGUUACCUUUGAUCGAAAAUUCACAAUCGUCAUUAUUCUCGCAAUCUAAAGUUGUAAGACCAGAUGAAGUACCAUCUGGAAAUGGAGCUACAUCUCUUUGGAGUACAGAUGGGACGAUGAAUAUCAUAGAGUUCACCAAAACCCAAGAAUUAUUAGUGCCAGAUCCAUCUGAUCCAUUUGAGACAUUCCGUUUACUAUUAGAUGAUAAUAUUCUAGAUUUGAUAGUGCGUGAAACUAAUGUUAAUGCCAAUCGUGUACUACAGGCUCCAGGUGUCAAACAAUACUCUAGAAUAACAGCCUGGAAAGAGUUAACAAGAGCUCAAUUAAUAGCUCAGCUAUUAAAAUUUCUUGGAUUAGUCUUGCACACAGGCACUAUUCGGUUGAAUAGAUUGAGUGAUUAUUGGAAAAAGCGUUGGCUUUUUAAUAUUCCUUGCUUUGCGUAAUUUAUACCACGCAAUCGCUUUAUGCUAAUAUUACGUUGCCUGCAUUUUUCGUCUGAAAUAUCUACUGAAGACCGACUGGCCAAAAUUCGUCCGAUAGUAGACCACUUCAAUAAAAAAAUGAAUGAAAUUUAUUAUCCGGGCAAACAAUUGUCUCUAGAUGAAUCGAUGGUGCUAUGGCGUGGACGCUUACAGUUUAGGCAAUAUUUUAAAAAUAAGCGCCACAAAUACGGAAUUAAAUUGUACGUACUUGCAGAAUCAGAGGGUACCGUACUAAACUUUCAAAUUUAUGGUGGUGCAGGGGAUGAUACAUCCGGCAUAGGACAUACCCAAAAAAUUGUACUGAAGUUACUCGAAGAGAAAUUGGACUCAGGACACAGCAUCUAUAUGGACAAUUACUACAACUCGUAUGAUUUGGCUAUAAAAUUAUUAGAACGUCAAACUUACUGCACUGGUACCUUAAAUAAAAAUCGAAAGGGUAAUGCAAUAGAUCUCGCCACCGUUACACUCCGUAAAGGAGAAAAUAAAUGAUUAUUUUUAAAUGGCGUACAUAUCGGCAAAUGGAGGGUCAAGCGAUACCUACUUUAUAUAUCAACAGAGCAUGACCACGAAAUUAUGGAAGUCACCGAUAAAAGAGGAAAUGUUCUUGUGAAGCCAUCAGCAAUUGUCCACUACAACAAAUAUAUGUCUGGUGUUGAUUUGCAGGAUCAAAUGAUUUCGUAUUAUCCAUGUGAGAGAAAAACUGUGAGGUGGUAC